AUGAGUGGGUUUAAAGGGAUUAUGAAAGAUGGAUGGCAUCCGAAAGGCCGGGAUGGCAAGAAAGAGGGCUGGCGGAAUGAUUUCAAAGGUGUCAAUCAGGUGGCAGGAUGGAUGGGAAAGGGAAAGGAAAAAGACGACGACAGAGAGAAUCACGUUUCCAGGCCGCUUGCUUCACUUAAAGAUCCAUCAUCAUUCGGUCCCCCACCAAAACACAUCAAAUACCACGGCGCAGGGGCACUCCCCAACGAGACCACCCCGGAUCGCAGCGGAUGGGGCGCGCCGUUGAGCCAGGAGAAAAUCAACCAGCAGAACAGACAGAGGCAGGAGGAAGAAGAAGAAAAAAAGAGGAAAGCAGAGGAAGCGGCCAAACGGCCUCCAGUACCUUAUCGUGCAAAUCGAACAGGUAUCGAUACCAGCAACCUCCCGCCGCCUCCUGUGCGACGAGUACCUACGGGGUCAUCAGAAUCAGUCCCAGCGAGCCCUAGGCCGAAACCAAACGUUCCACCCCGCGUUCCCCCCCGAACAAACACCUCCACGCCAACAGCAUCCUAUUCCCCUUCUCCUCCGCCGGCGUACACUCCCAGUCCGCCAGCAGAGCAGCCACAGGCAGCAGCAGAUGGAUAUCUGAACCAAGCCGCUGCUUCGCGACUUUCUCAGGCUGGCGUAUCGGUACCCGCACUAGGGAUCGGCAACAAGCCCUCGAAUCCGGCCUCGCCAUCAACAACAGGCUAUGUUGGCCAGGCACCCGUCAACGAACUCCAGAGCCGCUUCUCGCAGUUGAGAACCAACUCCUCACCCAACACUCCUCCCGCCCCGUCGCCGCAUCUCCGGCAGGGCGAGCAACCACCUGCUUCUUCUACUGCAAACGUCUCAAAUGCAAGGUCGGCCUAUAACGACUUUCGCUCCAAACACAACGAUCAAAUUGAGGCUGGGAAGCAGAAACUCAGUGGACUCAACCAGAAGUAUGGAAUCACAAAUCGCAUCAAUAGCGCCUUGGAAAGCAAAUCAGAAAAUGCGGAACAGGCACCUCCGGUUCCUCCGCAUCCAAACCUAAGCCGUUCAACGACAACAUCCAGCACUGACACCGAGUCGUUGGCGCGAAGAAAGGCGCCUCCACCCCCACCACCUCAGAAGAAGGCCGAGUUACGGUCGACGCCGGUCAGCGCAGGAUCACCAGCGCCGCCUCCACUUCCCCUCGGCACUAAACCCCGCUGA